GUCAGGUGCUUCAGAACUAUUAUGAUUAGACGGCAGAACAUACAGCAGUAACGUCUCAUCUUUGUAAGUUCAGAACUGUUGAGGCCCAGUGCUGACUUGUCUGUAAUUUACGUGAAAAUAUAACCUGCAAACACAGUAACCCGCGCGAUCUUGAGUAUUAUUUAUCUCUACCGCUACGAAAGCGUUGUUUUUAUGAGGACCGCUAUCUGUAGACGACCGUUGUAGUGAUAACGCCGUUCUGUUUUAGCAUCUAAAUCCGCAGGACAGUGACUGAGAAAGAUGCCGAAGAGAAGCGACUCGAAGCCCGUUGUUUCAGCUCCACGAUGGGAAGAAGUUCAAGAUUUCUGCAACCCUGACAAACUGCUGUUGUGCCCCUAUGACCCACAUCAUCUGAUCCGGGCCUGUCGGUUCCCGUACCACCUCAUCAAAUGCAGGAAGAAUCAUCCUGAAUUGAUUGGUGAAUUAUGGACUUGUCCAUUCAAUGCACGCCACUUGAUGAGAAAACACGAGCUGUCCCAUCACAUCUCAACCUGUGUGGACCGGUGCACUGUUAAUGACACCUACAUGGCCAGUGACGACACUGAUAGUAAGCUUAAAAUCCCGGUGAGGACCUGGACUGCCCCUCUGUGUGAUGAAGACUGGGAUGAAGAGGUGAAAAAGCAUGUAACAUCAGCGCCAUCUUCUGUCUGGGAUGUGUCCAAAUCACUUCCUCAGGACAGGGAAAACCCCAGCACUUCCAGUAAUGUGACUGCUGGUUUCAGACCACCACAAGUUCUUCCCUGGAUAAGCAGCUCUACUGAUUUUUGAGUUUUUUUUUUUUUGUGUCAACCAUGUCAAGAAUAUUCCUGUACAAAAGACAUUGAAUCCUGAUCGUGUUGGUUUCUUGUUUUGGCGUUUCUUGUAUAUGCCACUAGUUCUUGCAGUGACAAAUUAGUUUUCUUAAUCUUCAGUUUAGUUUCCCAAAGGUGGAGAAGUAAAGACGGUUUAGGUUCUUAGCUGUGUUUACAUCAAACAAAAGAAAAGCUUAUGAUCAGGAUAUACAGAAUACAAGACUUUCAUUGAUGUGUUUUGUGUUAUCAUAGUUGCUUUGUUCCUGUAAUUCUACCUCUGCGGUCUGUUAGGAACGCCUCUUUUUGGUGAACAAGAAUUGUUAGUAGGUUUUUUUUGCCUCGACAAAUGCUGUUUAUAGCACAGAUACUGUUCUAAAGGCAAUUUAUAAAUUCUAAAAUGUUCAUAUUGAAAAUGGCCUUACCAAGUUUGUAGUUUGUGCCUACAUCAGACUGGCAUAUUGUCUUCAAUAAAGCAAUAGUGUCCUCUUUAA